AUGUCUGCCCUGCUGCCCCUGUGUGUGGCGCUCUUUCUUCUGGCUACCCCCGGCCGCGGCGCCCGGCACUGGGAGCCCUGCACAGACCUUCGUCCCCUGGACAUCCUGGCAGAGGUGGUCCCUUUGAAUGGUGCUACAAGCGGGAUCCGGAUGGUGCAGGCGGAGGGUGUGCGGGGCCUCCAGUUCCCAGCCACCGAGCCCCGUACCGCGAGCUUCCCCGCCUCUAGAAUCUUCUCCAGCUGUGAUCUCUUCCCUGAAGAAUUCUCCAUUGUCGUCACCUUGAGGGUCCCCGACCUUCCACCCAAGAAGAAUGAAUACUUGCUCUCCCUGCUGGCGGAGGAGAGGGACACGCUGCUGCUCGGCCUGAGGUACUCACCCACACAGCUGCACUUCCUAUUUCUCAGCGAGGACUUGGCUGGUGCCUGGCAGACCCGUGUGUCCUUCCGGAGCCCCGGCCUCGUGGACAGCCAGUGGCACACUCUGAUCUUGGCUGUGUCCCAAGGAUCCUUUUCCCUCAUCAUGGACUGUGGCCUCCCAGUGGACAUAAUGGCUGACGUUCCCUUCCCAGCCACCCUAUCAGUAAGAGGAGCCCAGUUCUUCAUUGGCAGCCGGAAAAGAAACAAAGGCCUAUUCACAGGCCUGAUAAGGCAACUGGUUCUGCUGCCUGGCUCAGACGCCACCCCAAGGCUGUGUCCCAGCAGGAACGCCAGGCUGGCUGAGCUGUCCAUUCCCCGGGUGCUGAAGAGGCUCACAGAGAAGCCUGACGAUAACGAGGUGCUGAAAUAUCCCUAUGAAGCUGACAUGAAAGUAACCUUGGGAUCCCGGCCACCGUGCACCAAGGCAGAGGGUGCCCAGUUCUGGUUCGAUGCCGCCCGAAAGGGCCUAUACCUGUGUGUGGGCAGCGAGUGGGUCUCCGUGUUGGCAGCCAAGACCAAGCUGGAUUAUGUGGAGGAGCACCAGAACCUGCACACCAACUCAGAGACCCUGGGCAUCGAGGUGUUCAGCAUCCCCGGCGUGGGGCUCUUUGCAGCCACAGCCAACCGGAAGGCUAGAUCGGCCAUCUACAAAUGGACGGAUGGGAAAUUUGUCUCCUAUCAGAACAUCGCCACACACCAGGCACAGUCAUGGCGACACUUCACCAUUGGGAAAAAGAUCUUCCUGGCAGUGGCUAACUUUGGGCCAAAUGAGAGGGGUCAGGAGUUCUCCGUCAUCUACAAGUGGAGCCCCAGAAAGCUGAAGUUCACGCUUUACCAGAGGAUCGCCACCCACAGUGCCCGUGACUGGGAGGCCUUUAAGGUGGACGGAGAGCACUUCCUGGUGGUAGCCAACCAUCGAGAAGGGGACAAUCACAACAUCGACAGCGUGGUCUACAGGUGGAACCCCAGCAGCCAGCUCUUCGAAACCCAUCAGUCCAUCGCCACGUCCGGAGCCUACGACUGGGAGUUCUUCACCGUGGGGCCCUACUCCUUCCUGGUGGUGGCCAACACCUUCAACGGCACCUCCACCCAGGUGCACUCGCAUCUCUACAUCUGGCUCGUCGGCGCCUUCCAGCUCUUCCAGUCCUUCCUGACUUUCGGAGCUGCAGACUGGGAGGUCUUCCACAUCGGCGAGAGGAUCUUCCUCGCGGUGGCAAACAGCCACAGCUACGACGUGCAGAUGCAGGCCCAAAAUGACUCCUACGUCCUCAGUUCCGUCAUCUACGAGCUGAACGUCACGGCUCAGACCUUUGUCAAGUUCCAGGACAUCCCCACCUGCAGUGCACUGGACUGGGAGUUCUUCUCAGUGGGAGAAGAUCACUUCCUGGUGGUUGCGAAUUCCUUCGAUGGAAACACCUUCUCAGUGAACAGUAUUAUUUACAGGUGGCAAGGCUAUGAGGGCUUCGUGGCGGUACACAAACUCCCCACCUUUGGCUGUCGAGACUGGGAGGCCUUUAACACCACUGCCGGCUCAUACCUCAUCUACUCCAGCGCCAAAGAGCCCCUUUCCAGGGUCCUGAAGCUGCGGACUGGCUGA